AUGGCUCCAUCAAUUGAGUCUCUACCACCGGAAAUCCAGCAGACGGUUCUAGCACACUUGUCCACGCAUGAAUCCAGUCUCCGCGCUUUCGCCUGUGCGAAUCGGACCUGCCAUACCCUGGCAUCCCCGUUCAUUUACCAUACCGUUCAAGUUGGGCUAGAUCUAGAUCAGGCAUCGCUUCAAAGAUUUUACGAAUGGGCGCAGAAUCCCCAGGCUCUUAGCAGGCUACAGUAUGUCCAAUGUCUCGUGAUCGGCGGAACUCAGCCAGGAGCGGAUUCCAGUUCAUCAGAUGCGAGGGACACGGGUCCUCGGUCUAUCUUUCUCAGUCGAAAUCCUAGAACUUUACAUGGCUAUCUACGACCGUACGGCCUCUCACCUCAAAAGAGAUUGGACAGCGACACGCAAGCUGCUUUAGAAUCUAGCGAUGUUUGGCUGCCUCUAGCACAUCUGAUUCCGCAAUUGCCCUCCCUCUCGGAUUUACUCUUCUUGCUCCCGAUACAGUUUCCAAAAUAUUUGCUGAAUCAAAUCCAUGGAAUGAGACCAUCCUUUCGCCUCCAUAUCGAUCGGUUCUUUCUGCGCAGUCUGGCGACUGCCUCCACGGACUCAUAUGAGUUCUCCCUAGCUUCGUCGCCUUGUCUUUUUAGCCUCAGAAUAAUUCAUGACGGCGACCAUAAUCCCUAUGAGAAAAUUGCUUCUAGCUGCUACCAUGAAGACGCCGUGGCUCGUAUGGUCUCUGGUCUAGCACAGAACUUGAAAGAGAUCACGCUAGUCUACCCUGCUCCUGGGGCUAGUCUGAUGCAAUAUACUCCACCGCCGUGGAAAGGGUUUAGCCAGGAGAUAGGAAAUAGGUACAAGAAAAUACGCGGAAACUUGCGACGUUUGCGAUUUGAACACUUCUGGCGUAUCACCGCGGACAGACUGGAUUACUGGGGUACGCAAACGGAUUUCACAAAACUACAAGCCCUUGAGUUUGAUGCAUAUCUCACAUCGGAUCUGUUGAGACAUCUAGCGAUGAAAUUUCAGCUUCCCUGCUUGAAAAAGCUCGUCCUUAGUAAUCUUCGAAAGGAACGAGACAAUUCUGACGAUCAUGCGGAAGCAGCUAAUGAAUUAUUGAGGAACCUUCCUCCGCUUAUGUCUCUGACCUUGGAUGGCUGGUAUCCCGAGAUUUCGAUAGACGCGCUUGCUACUCACCAUGGACUACACUUAUCGGAGUUAAAGUUGCUCAAUUACCCUGGCGAGGACCUGACCAAGGACGAUCUGGAGGUACUCGGUCAUCAUUGCAUAUCUCUUCGUGAUUUCACACUGAGCCUUCGUCGUUCACAAGGAGACUCAACAGAAGCAAGCUUAUAUAAGGCCCUUGGAUCUUUACCGAAGCUUCAGUCUAUCUCACUUGGCCUUAAUAUUGCCAAAUCAUACUCGCCCAUGGAUAAUGAAGAGGACGACGGCAAGUUGUUUAAUCCUAUAUUCGAGGACGAAUUUGAUCGAAAGAUUCCGAUCGAAUUGCUCGAACCUGGACCAGAUUCCUCAGAAGCUUGCAACGGUGCUAUGCGCGAGCAACUGAUCAAUUGUGCAUUUGACAAGAUACUUGCUCGGUCUGUAUUUGACACUAUUUCCUCCGGCAAACCUCAACUGUCCUUACCGUUGGAGGAAUUGACUGUCAAAAUUACCGAUGCCGGGGAUUUUGGAAUGGUGGACUGCCCAGCACAUUUCAUAUCCGUGCUCUUUCAUUUGUGUCGCCCGUGGCGGAUCACUCAGAGUAUUCGUGAUGAUCGGCGCCAUGAGAUACAUAUAGAAGAGACAGAACAAAUUCGGAGUCAGCUGUUACUGCCGCCGAAAGCAUUGAAAGGCUGGCUUGAAGCUAUCUGGCGUCGCGUUUGGCCAGAGAAGAUUUCAGAAGAAUGGCAGUCUGAUUGGUACAGCUUUCCGAUCUCCGAAGUAGUAGAACUGUGA